AUCAAUUACUCUGACAUAAUUAGCCAUUAAUUAUUUGCACAGAAUGGGUGAAGUCUUAGAGGUGAACCGCAAGUUGCUGAAAAGGACAUCGAUUUUCUUAGCAUAGAACUGAUUUGAACCAGUGAAAAACCAAGUUGUUUUGUAACUGAAAGAGUAAGAUAACUUGCUUUUCCCUGUAGAACUCUGACGGAGCGGUUUCAGCGAUCUGGAAAAAACGUUCAGUGGAAUCAAACACAUGUUUAUUACGAAAUGAGCUCAUGAAUUUCAAAUGACUUUUAGCUUGUAAAGGAAUGAGAGCAUUACAAACGCAUAAUUAGAGCACCAGGGACGAGUUGGACAUGGAAAGACUUCGCUUUAUGGGCAAGAAUUCCAACGAAAAUGAAGCAGAAGUGGCAGCAGUCAUGAACAGAGAUGACAAGUCUUGUCAUAGGAAGAUCGAUUGGAACGCUGUAAACAGAGGGCCAAGGAUUGUUAUAAAUAUUUCUGGGCAGCGAUACGAGACCUAUGAAAAGACGCUUGAAUUAUUUCCUGAGUCACUUCUUGGAGAUAAAGAAAGAAGAAAGGACUUCUAUGAUCCGGUUAACAAUGAAUUUUUUUUCGACCGUAACCGCAUUUGCUUCGAGUCGAUACUAGCUUACUACCAAACAAACGGAAUUCUUAUAAGGCCGCAAAGUAUUCCACGGAAGGUAUUUAUAAGCGAUGUUCGCUUCUUUGAUCUCGGACCAAAGGCUUUGGUUCAAGCUGGUGAAGGAUUGGAACAGCCUGUCGAACAAAAUAAACGACCUUUACCAAAGAACAAAAUACAGAGAAAAGUAUGGGAGUUAUUUGAACAUCCAGACACUUCGAAUUUUGCGCGAGGAAUCGCCAUUUGGUCCGUUUGUAUAAUUAUCUUAUCAAUAGCUCUUUUUUGCGUUGAGACUUUGCCGCAGUUUCAGGAGGAGCCAGCUAAAACAGUUAAUGGAACAGUCACUUCGUUUGCAUCGAAAAAGAAAACAGAUAACCCAUUCUUCCUCAUUGAAGCAUUUUGCAUCACCUGGUUUACAUUAGAGUAUGUAAUUCGUUUCAUUUUUAGCCCAAACAAGUGGAAAUUCUUCAUUUCAGUGCUAAAUAUGAUUGACUUGGUUUCCAUUAUACCGUUCUAUAUAACUCUGCCUAUGGAGGAUUCAGGUAAUGUUUCGUCACUCGCAGUUCUUCGCUCCGUCCGUCUCGUGCGAGUCUUUCGUAUUUUCAAACUGUCGCGUUACUCGCGUGGACUUCAAAUUCUUGGUCACACUCUGAGGGCGAGCUUGAGAGAGUUAGGCCUUCUGUUUUUCUUCCUCUGUAUGGGAGUUGUUCUGUUCUCCAGUGCUGUCUAUUAUGCAGAAAUCAGCAAUGAGGAUGGAAAUGAUUUCCUGAGUAUUCCUCAUUCAUUUUGGUGGGCGAUUAUAACCAUGACUACUGUGGGCUAUGGAGACAUAACACCCAAGACUCUUGGUGGAAAGUUAGUUGGCUGUUUCUGUGCCAUCACAGGUGUGUUAGCCAUUGCUUUACCAGUGCCAGUCAUAGUCUCGAACUUCGCUUAUUACUACUCGAAAGAGAAUGAUGGAAGGCAUUCAAACAUGGAUGAUGAGGAUGAAGACGACGAAAUAGAACAGGAAAAUGAGCCAGUAAAGAAAGAAAAACAUGUAAAGAAAAAAAUCUCAUUAAAUUGUACUGCAAAGAUAUGUCGGACAAAUAGAGGCAAUGAUACAGUACAAAUAAAAAGAAAACGAAAAUUUGCAACGGUGAAUUAUCCUGACACGCUGUAUAAUGCUUUAGAUUCCAACGCAAACAAGGAUCAUCAAAAUGGAUUGGCAAAUGCCAACCCAGUUAAGGACGAAAACGAUCAAAAGAGCCACGAAAAGGAGACUUCUUUGUCGCAAGUAGAGACAAUCGUCUAAACACAUUCUGGAAUACAGGAAGUGUCACGUACGACUAGGGAGACAUCACGUUCAGUCAUUGGCCCACUCUCAGCUGGCGGGAUACCACAAUGAGGUUAAUAUGAUGACUUACUCUGUUUUCCAAAGUAAGGGCAUCUAUCUAUGGAGGGUUUUCUAUGAUUGGCAGCCCAUUGUGGAACAUUCGGUAUGACCACGAAAAGGGCUUCUCAAAUGUUACCACUGAAAUCUAAGCAGGUAGGAGGCCUUUAAGGCCUCAUGAACGUCGGUUUUAAACGGCCUUUGUUGAAACUCAUGUAUCCCUUCCACGGCUGCGGAUCAGUGUGUUAUUCAGGUGAUAAAAUGAAAAAUUUCAGCUCUGGUAAAACCAGCUGUGAUCACUGUCCGUUUAAAGACUUUAAUUCUUCGUUGUCCUCCAGAAGAGGUUAUAAAAGAGAAAGACGUUCCUUCCCCUAAUAAACACGGUUUACAGUGACCGAGACUGUGCGCAAAAUACAAAAGAUUUGUUGAAAUUCUUGUUGAAAUUUCUGUAGAUAGAAGUUAGGCUUCGGGAGAACUGAUGGUAGAAAGGGACGAGAGAUUUUCCAGCCUGGCCAGUGGUUUUGAACUUGGAACUGAAAUUCACGGCAAAUCAUGCCGCGUUAGUCUUUUGACUUAA